AUGCCCGAACCUCGACCGAAAUGCAUCAAGAAGGUGCUCCACGCUGGACGAGGAGUUGUACCAGAAUACCGAACUGGCACGAAGGCUUUAUUCCACUAUGAAACUCUAAAACCAAAGGAUCUUGUUAAACCGGAAGUGGGAAUGCCGGAAAGUAGGGAUGAUUACGUAGUCAUUGAUAACACACGAAAAGGUUGGCCGGACGGUUAUGGCAAACCACUGGAACUUAUUUUUGGCAAGAAAUUUCAACUUCCCGUUUUUGAGACUUGUCUGCGAUCAAUGUUGGUUGAUGAGGUAUGUCAAUUCGAUGUGGAACUGGCAGAACUUUGCACGUAUCCAAUGGUAUCAAAAAAGCUUAGGGAUCUUGCUAAACCUCAUGAGAAGGGUCACUCUCAUUCCCAUGACUCCCACAUGUGUGCAGCCGCUCUCUCAGCGGGCACCGGAUAUCCCGAAUUGGACGAGCUGAUGCAAAAUCCUCGUCCGCUUCGUUUUAUAUUUCAUUUGCUCUCGGUUACACAACCUGAAGAAUACGAAGCGGAAGGCUGGCAAUUGGACACCGAAGAGAAGCUACAAUCGGUUGAGACGCUACGCUUGCAAGGAAAUCAGUUGUUUUCGCAGAAGAAAUACGAUGAAGCGAUAGAUAAAUAUCGAGAAGCAUUAGGACGAUUGGACACUCUCCUGUUAAGAGAGAAACCUGGAGAACCAGAAUGGGAGGAGUUGGAUAGAAAAAAUGUGUCUCUCUAUUCGAAUCUAUCUCAAUGUUAUUUGAAUGUUGGAAAUAUGUAUGAAGCAGCGGAGACAGCAUCUGAGGUCCUCUCACGAGAUCCUGAUAAUGAGAAGGCACUAUACCGAAGAGCUCGAGCUCGGAUCGGCUGCUGGCAACUGGAUGAGGCUGAACAAGAUUUGAAAAAACUGGCUCAACUGUCAAAUAACGAGUCUCUCGUCAAUUUGGAAAUGGCGACGUUGGCGCGGAAACGAAUUGAAUUAGAGGAAAGUAAAAAGAAGACCUACUCAAAAAUGUUCAAGUAA